AUGGCUACAGCAACAACCCACACGGAGUUUGGCGUUCGCACAACAGCCCUGACUGUUGCCGCCGCUUUCCCCUCUGCCAUUGCAGGCAAGACAAUUCUAAUUACGGGAGUCAACAUCAAGGGCCUCGGCUUUGCCACUGCUCAAGCCUUUGCCUCGCAAAAAGCCGAGCUCCUCAUCCUCGCGGGCCGUACCCCCACCAAACUACAGCAAUCCGCCGAUACUUUGGCCAAAGAAUAUCCCGGCACAAAGUUCCGUAUCCUAGAGCUGGACCUCAGCUCUCAAAAGGGCGCCAGAGCAGCCGCUGCCACGCUAAACGGAUGGACUGACCUGCCCGCCAUCGACAUCCUUGUCAACAAUGCCGGCAUCAUGAACAUCCCCACCCGCCAGCUCAACGAAGACGGCAUCGAGCGGCACUUUGCAACAAACCACGUUGGCCACUUUCUCUUUACGAAUCUCAUCAUGGGGAAGCUGAUUGCGGCCGCGCAAAAGUCCGAUGCUGUAAAGGGUGCCACUCGCGUUAUCAACGUAUCCUCCAGCGGCGCAAACUUUAGCCCAAUCCGCUACAGCGAUAUCAACUGGGAAAAGGCAAACGAGACGAUACCUCUUGUUGAGCAGCCUGACUAUUUACGGUUUUCCCAAAUGCUGGGCAUUGACCAGGAUGUCAUCAAGGCGGACAGUUUCAUCUCCAUGGGAGCCUACGGACAGUCCAAGACAGCCAACGUCUUGUUCAGCCUUGGCCUCAACGAGCGCUUAUAUAAUAAAUAUGGCAUUUUGAGCCUUAGUCUGCAUCCCGGCUCAAUCAUCACCGAGCUCGGACGAGAAAUGGACCCCGAGGUAUGGAGAGAGAGAGCAGAAAAGUUCAGAAAAGGAGGCAUGGUCUUUAAGAGCCAGGAAGAAGGUACCAGCACAACGUUGGUAGCUGCCGUGGACCCGGCAUUGACGCUACCAACAAAGAGGCCUCUUGCAAGCGAGGCGGAUCUAGCAAAGACAGGCAGGGAGGUGAAGGGUGAAGACGGGGAGUGGGAGGGCAGGGGUGUGUUUUUGAGCGACUGCCAGAUUUUUGAAGAUGUAAAGGUGUGGUCUACGAGCUGGAGCCAGGGGGAGAAGCUUUGGGCAAAGAGCGAGGAGCUUGUGGGAGAGACAUUUGCCUUUUGA